AUCGUGGAAAUUAAAGUGAUGGCAGGAAAUGGGCCGCUUUCAGUUCCGCCAGGUUUUCGAUUCCACCCAACAGAUGAAGAGCUUCUCUACUAUUAUUUGAGGAAGAAGGUCUCGUAUGAAGCUAUCGACCUCGAUGUCAUAAGGGAAGUGGAUCUCAACAAACAUGAGCCUUGGGAUCUUAAAGAGAAAUGCAGAAUUGGAUCGGGUCCUCAAAACGAGUGGUAUUUCUUCAGCCACAAGGACAAGAAAUACCCAACAGGAACUCGAACAAAUAGGGCAACCACAGCUGGUUUUUGGAAGGCAACUGGGAGGGACAAGGUUAUCCACCUCAGCAACUCCAAGAAAAUCGGCAUGAGGAAAACCCUAGUUUUCUACACAGGACGUGCCCCUCAUGGCCGGAAAACCGAUUGGAUCAUGCAUGAGUAUCGCUUAGACGACGAUGAUUCUGAUGUUCAGGAAGAUGGGUGGGUUGUUUGCAGGGUUUUCAAGAAGAAGAAUCACAUCAGAGGUAAUUUUCAGGCGGAUUUCAGUACUCAAGAAGAAAACUAUUGUCACAUGAAGAGUGUUGCUUCUUCGUCUCAAAUGGAUCCAAGGCAUAAUAAUAAGAAUCAUCAUCAUCAUCAUUUGCAUACGCUGUAUGAUCAGUAUUCCUUUGAUGCCUCCAUGCAUCUACCGCAGUUAUUUAGUCCAGAAUCAACGGCCGUUACUUCUUCCUUUAUAUCACCACUAUCUUUGAACUCCAUGGAUAUAGAAUACUCUCGAAACUUAUUGAGGCUAACGACAAGCGGCGGCUGUGGACUUAUGCAACAAGAUCAGAUGAGGUACAAUGGUGAAUGGUCGUUCUUGGACAAGCUUCUAACAACCCAGCCUCUCAGCAUGGAUCAUCAUCACCACUCUCAAAACAAAUAUAUCUCUCCAACGCAGCUUGAUGUGGGAAGUUCUACGCAAAAAUUCCCAUUUCAAUUCCCAGGCUGUGAGGCUGCUGAUACUCUGAAAUUUCCCAAGUAGCUAUAUUCUAAUUUUACAUAUAAUGUUGCUUUUUUAUCAUCCUAAGCAUUGGCAAAGACACUCUUUGAAAUCGUGUUUAGUAAUUCAUGUUCUAU